AUGGCCAUUGCCCUGCCUAUCCCGCUCCUUGCCCCGCCCACCGCACACGUGGUCCAGUUCACCCCCCUCCUGUCCAGUCUACGGCCUCGCCUGGCCCCGCCCACUGCGCUACCUGACUCCUAUCCAUUAGCCCCCCGCCCAUACCUGUCCUCUCCACUGCCCACCUGCCAUCUUUGGCCCCGCCCACUGCCUCCUCUCGCCCCGCCCGCCCCAGUCUCGUCUACAGCCUCUCCUGGACCCUCCCACCGCCCUCCCUACCUCCUCGCCGUUGGCCGUGCCAGCCGCGAGGCCCCGCCCACUUUCCAACGUUGCCCCUCCGCAGACUCUCCUGGCCUCGCCCACCCAGCCCCGAUUCUCGCCCACAGCUCGCCUGGCCCCGCCCACAGCGCGCCCUGCCUCUUCGCCAUUGGCCAAGCUUCUCUCCCCGCUAUUGGCCGAGAGGCCACGCCCACCUCCCCAUCAUUGGCCCCGCUUACAGCGCUCGCUGCCUCCCCGCCAUUGGCCGCGCCCUCCGCGUGGCCCCGCCCCCUCCCCGCGGCGCGGUGGGCGUGCCCGAGGUGCGGACGUGGCGGCGAGGGCGCCAUUGCGGUGGCUGCUCUGGUGGUGGGCGAGCGGUGCGGGGAUGCCCCGCGGCUCGUUCCACGCACCAUGGCCGGUCGCAACCUGCCGGUAGCGCAUCCUCCCGCCAUUGCCCGCCCCCUUGCCGUGCCCGAGGGCGAGGAAGAGGAAGAGGAGGAGGAGGAGGAGGAGGAGGAAGAGGCGCCGGAGCUGCGUUCGCGGGGCAGGGAGCGGGGGCGGCGCGGCGCCUCGAGGGACCGGCUGGACGGCACUGUGCUGCUCUGCAGAGACAUCCGCCACGGGGACACGCUGAACGCCAUCGCGCUGCAGUACUGCUGCUCGGUUGCCGAUAUCAAGAGAGUUAACAAUCUUAUCAAUGAUCAGGAUUUCUUUGCCCUGAGGUCUAUCAAAAUCCCAGUGAAGAGGUUCAGCGUACUGACCGAAACACACGUCUCUUCAAAAGGGAGACCCAUCCUUCGGCCUGCAGACGCACAAGAAACAUCACCGCCUGAUAAAUUCUCGGCUAAUGAGACUGCUGGCAGCUUCCUAAAAGAAGUGGAUCGAGAUAUAGAAGAAAUAGUUAAGUGUAAUGAUACAAAGAGAGAGAACCUUAACGAAGUCGUUUCUGCCUUAGCCGCCCAGCAGAUCUGCUUUGAAACUGAUGGUAAAACUAAAAGCUGCAAGGACCCUUACUAUGGUGCAGACUGGGGCAUAGGAUGGUGGACAGCGGUGGUGAUCAUGCUGGUUAUAGGCAUAGUUACUCCAGUUUUCUAUCUCCUCUAUUAUGAGGUUCUCGUGAAAGCAGAUGUCAGCCACCACUCCACAAUGGAAUCCUCCCCUUUGUUUGUCACAGCAGUGUCACAUCAGAAACCAGUGGAAAACGGUAUGAAUCCAGCAAAUAUUAUAAAUGUGGAUAACCAAGGAGACCUCCAGCCUUAACAACAGGGAAACCCCAGGCAACUGUUAUUCAUAGACACGUAAUGUAGCAUUAGAUGAGGGGGAAACCACAGAAUGCAACACGCCUCAGGAACGCAGAGAAAAUGCGUACCAGUGUGUGAACUGCCUUUACAGGCAGUGCUUGGUUCAGGGGUAUUUCUGUGGAUCAUGAUAUGCCCGAGACAUUGUUAAUGCAAGAUUGGGAUAUAAAUUAAGGUAUAAAAUUGUCUCUGUGAAGAUUUGCACUUUCGUUCUAUUUUGAUAGGCAUAUGUUUUUCAAUUAAUGAUGAGGUGAAAAAAUGUAGUUUGAACUUAACACCUGAGGAGUCUCACCGUAUGUUUUACAGCCCUAAAAAGGGCAUUUGGGGAUAUUCUAUGUUUCAAACAUCUUGAAGUAUUUAUAGAAUGCAUAGCACACUUGACGUUUUAAUACCAGGUUUACAGUUGUUGGUUAAAACUGCAUUCUCUUUAUUUUAUCUUUCUAAUAGAGUAACUUUUUUUUUAAACCCAAUCAUUCCACAACUAUUUGCCACUAUGAAGUUCUUCUUUAACAGCAACUUUUACAGAGGCAGUAGCUAAUAAUUAAGCUGAAACCUUGUGCCUGUAGUCAACCCAUUUUUUAGUACUUCUCUGUACAGGCAGGAGGAUAGUUUGUUGCCUGUGUAUGGGAUGUUGUGCCUCAACACAGUCCAGGCCAGAGCAGCUUUGAACUUAACAUCCCUCUGUGGUAUCCUGCUGAAAACUGACUGGACUAGACUGCACUUCUGUUUGGUCAGGUGUGUGUAGAACAAAAGAAGUGCAGCUGCAUGGCACCUUGCUGUGACUGCUUCCAUCAUCUUUAUUUUAUGCUUACCUCUUUCCCUCAGAUAAUCCCAGUUCAGGACCAACUGGUUCUUCAGACGGCAGCCGUGUAGGUACUGAGUAUGCUCAUGGUCAUGGCCCGUGAGCCUCAAACACUAACUCUUUCCUGAAUUCUCCUAGACAACUUUAAAUGAGAUUUAAGAGCUGCUAGCAAGAAACUUAAGUUGCAGCAGAGUAGACCAUGUGCAGUUUCUGACUUGUUCUUUACGUAGUAGCGUGUUCGUCAAUCACUCUGGUUUUGAAUGUUUCACUCGGGGUUUCACAAACAGCCUUGUUUUUCUCCACUUUUCUCCCCUACCUGAAAAUGCCGCAAGAUGGGCAAAAAAACCCAAACCUGGACUCUUGCUACAGAAAGAAGGAGGUACUUGUGUACUCAGAAUAUUUUUAAAUAAAACCCUAGAUGCUGCCUGUAAUUUUUUAUUUUUGCCUUGUGGAGUAAGAUUUCCAUUGCCCUGUUCCAAGUAGCUUGUGUUACCAAAGCCCAAGAUAACUAAUUUGAGUAAGACUUAGAAAAGGGAAAAUACUGUUAUCCUUCAAUAUACUAAUACAGGCUUUCCUUUGUAUAUGCUCGGUCAAGACACUCAGCAUGAAAAAUCUGUUAAAGUGAAUGUUUCCUGACUAUUGGGAGUACUCCAAAGUGCUUUAUCAAAUUUUGAAAGUAAAGACUCGUGCCUCAUUGUUUCUUGGGGCAGACAUUCGUCACUGGCAUGCUGAGGGUCUGCACGUGAAUCGGAUAACUUUUAACCUGUUGUAUGGAAGCUGAAGCAGGACUCGGCUUGGGUAAAUGCUGUACAGUUGGCUCUGUGAACAGAGACCUGUGGCUUUUGAACUCAGUGAUAACAGUGGUAUCUUUGGAGAUAGUGUGACUACUCAUCGUUUCCACACUAGAGGAGCAAUGUCAAACAGGCAUGAACUUCCUAUUUCACAAAGCACUUGUUUUCAAAGAGCUGUUGAACCAAUAGUUCUUUAAAUGAAAAGCAUGUACUCGUAACACCAGCCUGAGUACUAAAGUACCAGCUCUAGGUAGGGCAGCCAUACCCUAGGCUACAUCAAAAGCAGCAUGGUCAGCAGGACAAAGGAAGGAAUUCUACCCCUCUACUGCACUCUUGUGAGACUCUGUCUGGAGUCCUGUGUCCAGUUCUGGAAUCUGUAACAUAAGAAGGGUAUGGAACAAGUCCAGAGACGGCCACAAGGAUGAUCCAAAGGCACCUCUGCUAUGAGAAAAGGCUGAGAGAGUUGAGGUUGUUCAGCCUGGAGAGUGGAAGGAUCCAGAGAGACCUUAGAGCAGCUUCCAGUACCUGAAAGGGGCUCCAGGAAACCUGUGAGGGAGUUUUUGAAGGUUCUGUAGUGAUAGGAGGAGGAGGAGGAGGAAUGGCUUUACAUUGGAAGGGAGAAGGCUUAGAUUAGGCAUUAGGAAGAAAUUCUUCACGAUGAGGGUGGGGAGGCCCUGGCCCAGGUUGCCCAGAGAAGUGGUAGCUGCCCCAUCCCUAGAGGUGUUAAGGCCAGGUUGGAUGGGGCUUUGAGCAACUUGAUCCAGCAGGAGGUGUCCCUGCCCAUGGCAAUGGAACUGGAGCUGGAUGGGCUUUAAGGUCUCUUCCAACUUAAACCGUUCUAUGGUUCUAUGAAAAUAAUCUGUGGUGGCUAAUGUGAUACAGCUGCUGUGGCUAAAACUUCAAAAGGUGGCUUGCUCUCAUCCAGACAAGAGAGCUUUGGCACUUUGAGACAAAAGUUUUCUUAUUUAGGACAGAAACUCAGUACAUAAUGUGUAGGUUUUUUCUGCAAGCUUAUUUUGCCUUCAUUCUGUUUCUGAAACUCAACAUUUUUAAUACUUUGUCCUGUUUCCUAUGAAAUUGUCAAAGAACUGGGAAUUAGUUAUUGUGAUGACACAACGUAAGGCUGAUUUACUGGAUGUAACUAAACAGAAAAGUGUUAAAUUGCCAUUGGUAUGGAAGUGAUUUGAUUGUGGUUUCACUUGGGCGGGAAAGUCUCUCCUACUGAAGUGCAGGCAAAGAGAUGUGGGUUCACUGUGGCUUUCCAUCCCGACAUGGUACAGCUGAGGAGUUCUCGAGCUUGUCUUGGUCUUUGAGUGUUCACAGUGUUGGAUCUCCUUGACAGAUUGUCACAGAGUUCAGUAUGCUGGACCUUAAUUUACCUUGGGAUUAGCAGCCAUUAGAAAUACACAAAGGCAUGGCUGUUUCACUGAACUGUGUUGGGCUCCAGGGGCCUAGUGUGGUUUCACUGU